CUCCGCCGCGCUCCUCGUCGCCUCCCGCUGUCGCCUCAGCCCAGGGAGCACCCGCCGGCCCUGCCAGCCCGCUACAGCUGCCUGUAGGCGGAACUGAACGGGGAGGCUGUCAUGUCAGAGGACUGCAACGACGCGUGGGAGCUGAGCAAAGAGAAUGUGCAGCCCCUCCGGCAGGGCCGGGUCAUGGCCAGCUUGCAGGAAGCGCUGUCUCAGCAGGACACCGCCACCCACACUGCUCUUCAGCUCAAGAAACAGGAGUUUGAAUCAGAAAUCCGAUUUUAUGCUGGAGAUGAUCCCCUGGAUGUUUGGGACAGGUACAUCAGGUGGACAGAGCAAACCUUUCCCCAAGGUGGGAAGGAUGGUAACCUGGCAGCAAUCCUGGAAAGGGCUGUGAAAGCCCUCAAUGAGCAGCAGCAGUACUACCAGGACCCUCGCUACCUUAGCAUCUGGCUCAAGUUUGGAAAUUACUGUAAUGAGCCCUUGGAUGUGUACAGCUACCUACACAGCCAGGAAAUUGGCACAACUCUGGCACUGCUCUACAUAACGUGGGCAGAAGCACUUGAGGCUAGAGGAAGUUUUAAGAAAGCAGAUCUGAUCUUCCAGGAAGGUCUUCAGCGCAAGGCUGAGCCUUUGGACAAGCUCCAGUCCCACCACAGGCAGUUUCAGACCCGCGUUUCUCGGCAGACACUGCUGGGGCUGGAGGAAACUUCUGAUGAAAACGAUACGGGUCUUCUGGGAGCUGCAGAACCUCAGAGAAGGUCUCUGGCAGAUCUAAAAGGCAGGGGGAAGAAGAAAGUGAGAGCUCCUAUUAGUCGUGUAGGAGAUGCACUUAAAGCCACAAACCAAACCAGAAGCUUCCAGACUCUACCUUCUCAGCAGCUUUCAAGUAAUCCAGGUUUUGCUGUGUUUGAUGAAAAUUCAGUUUCUGGACCUGAGAUUCCCAUCCUUACCCCACAGCCUUGGGCAGCACCUCCAGCUCCACGGGCCAAGGAGAACGAGCUAAGCGCAGGGCCUUGGAACUCUGGCAGGCGCCCUCGCAGCCACGUGCACCCUGCAGUAGAGGUGCCCUGCCCAAUGCCCAGUUUCACCCCCUUCGUGGAAGAAUCAGCCCAGCAACAACUCAUGACUCCCUGCAAAAUUGAACCCAGCAUAAACCGUGUGCUAAGCGCCCGCAAACCUCAGCAAGAGGAGGAUCCGCUGCAGCGAGUGCAGCAGCAGGAGACUGAAGAAAAGAAAGAGGUGGUGAUGUACUGUAAAGAUAAAGUUUAUGCUGGAGUUGAAGAGUUUUCUUUGGAAGAGAUCCGAGCUGAAAUCUACAGAAAGAAAGCAAAAGAGAAAACUGAAGAGGAGAUGCAGGCUAUAGCACAGAAGAAGGAAGAAAUACAAAGGAAAAUUGAGGAGCUGGAGAAGAAAUUAAAGAAGAAAGAUGACAAGCAGCAACAACCAUGUGAACGGCCAACAGAGAUAACAGGAGCUUUGCCACCUUUAGGACCCCAAGGAUUUACUUUUUCUAGUGCAAUAGAAGUUGGAGAGAAACGGCCUCAAAGGUUGCAAAGUGAAUCCUGGGUCUCUGAAGGUACUUGGCUACAGAAACCAGCUUGUUCUGAGGAGUUUAUCCAGUCUCUUCAUGUAUGCCCAGAUACAGAAAGGGGAAAUGUGUUUUUAGACUCUGAGGAUGAACAGGAGGAACAGAGGGAUGAGACCAGCCUUGGGAAAAAAGGUGUAGGUCUUCCCACCCUGGAUCCUGCCACGUCGUUUUCCAUAUUUGAUGAAUCCUCUACUUUGGCAAAUCAGAAUACAAGUUGUUCUGCAGACCGUACACAGAAAAGUGCCCGGCGGCCUCUUGCUGUUCGUAAACCUUCCGAUUCCCUAACUGCCAAGGAAAACAUCCCACCAGAAGCCUGUGAUGAGCUGAAUGGAAUUGAACCUUUGACUGAAGAUGCAAUUGUGACAGGCUCCUACAAGAACAUAACUCUUUGUGCCAACCCAGAAGACACAUGUGACUUUGUUAAAGCUGCCCAUCUGGCCUCAACACCCUUUCAUGGAGUAGUAGUUCAGAGAGUCCCAGCUCCUGCUUUUCCACAGGGUGUCCUGAAGGAGGACUGCCCAGAAUCAACGAGUGCACCUCUGAGUCAGGAAACGCUGGUUGGUGAAGGUGCCUACAGUGAAGCUCUGUGUGUAAACAAACUGAGCCCCAUCAUGGAAGCAAGCCUGGAAGACACUCGCUCGUCAGGUGGUUCUGUCUCCUCAGGAUCUUCUCUUUCCUCUGUUACACAAAUAUCUACCAUUAAAAACCUGCAUAUCCCUGAGAAGCUGGAACUUGCUCAGAGCUUGCCUGCUGGACUUGAUUCUGGAGGUAUCAGUGAAAGCAUUACUGGUGAUGAUGUAGUCCAGUCCUUGUGGGGUGCUGAACAGCACAAGAAGCUUUUGGACCCUCUGCCAGAAUCACUGAGUGCUGCUCCAAAUCUGCACGUGGAGACUGGGGUUCUGCCUGGCCUGGAGUUGGAGAAAGAUGUGGAGCUGGGAAAUGAGACUUACUCUAUCAAAUGGGAAUAUUGGACAAAUGAAGAAUGCAAGAUGUUUUUUGCCAUUCCAGCUAACUUUCUCCAGCUGGAUGCAAAGGGGUUUGCAAUUAAGGUGUAUUCUCAGCCUGUGCCUUGGGAUUUUUAUAUCCUACUGCAGCUGCAGGAGCGUUUGGAUGCUGACUUUGACCAGAGCUUCAGUGAGAAUUGCAGUUGUUUCCUGUAUCACAAUGGCUGUGCUCUUCUGCACAGGGAUAUCAACCGCUUCACACUUGGGGAUGUUAUUCGUGGCUGCAAGUCCAUUACAGAGGAAGUUCUCCUACUGGUUGUUUAUAACAUUCUGAGUGUGGUAGAGAAGCUCCACAAAGCAGAGAUUGUCCAUGGAGAUCUGAGUCCAGAGGUGUUCUUUCUGGGAGACAGGAUCUAUGAUCCAUUUACUAGUGAGGAGAUGACAAGAGCUCUGAAGAUAGUGGAUUUCUCUCACAGCCUAGAUCUGAGGUUACAGCCUCGAGUAAGUUUGCCCAACAGCCUUCCAAUAACCCAGACCCCCCAUGGGAAACAGCUUCUGGCAAAAAGUUCUCUUCCUUAUCAGGUAGACUUGGUUGGCAUUGCAGAUAUAGUCCAUUUGAUGCUGUUUGGGGAUCAUGUCCAGGUCUAUCAAGAGAAUUCCAUCUGGAAAAUCAGCCAAAAUGUACCAAAGGCUGUUGAUAUUGAUUUCUGGAGUAAACUUUUGGGGAGAAUCCUGAAUGCAGAUGGUAAGUCCACGGUGCCUCUGCUGAAGGAGUUAAGAGAGGAAAUAAGUGACAUGUUUGACAGCUGCUUCCAAGAACGACUUUGUGAAGCCUUAACUGCACUGGGAGAGACCUUCCGCUUGGAGAACUUCCUGUGAUUUCAUGGAGGACAAGUACAUUUUGUAUUACACUGAAGAAUUUGCUGUUAGAUUCUUAUUUAUUUUUGCUUUCAGACAUAAGCGUGGACAGUGACACUGGUUGUUUCUGCAGUGCUUCACACGGGACUUGCUAAAGAAUGUUGCUAAUGCAGCAGUGCAUAGAUAACCUCCUCAGCCUGCUACGUGAGCUGGUCUGUGGCUGAGCAGUUUCCCAGAGAAAAUGGGUUGUCAUGACUGCCCACCCCUUUUUGUAGAAAUCCUUAAAGAUGUGUUUAAUGCCCAGCUCACACCACAGUCUCUGAAGUGUCUUUGUCCUGUGUUUAGCUGGUGU